UCGGUAUAGGUCCUGUUCUGAUUUUGACCUCGUGACUAUUGCCCCGAGUCCAUGCUGUGAGUAUUUAACACUGAGUUGUUCAGGACUCGAGUGUAUGUUGGCGUGUGUGUGUGUGUGUGUGAGACCCUCACCAGAGCUCCGAUCUGCCACUGCUGAACACGAUGAGGUGUGUGUGUGUGUGUGUUGUGGUGUUGGUGGCGUUAGGAGUGAGAGUUAACUCAUUCAAAUUUAAAGAGCUGAUGGACUACGUGGAUAAACACCAGGAGGAGUAUGUACAGACCCUGAGAGACUGGGUGUCUAUAGAAAGUGAUUCCAGUGACGUCACUAAGAGGGCGGAGCUACAGCGUAUGAUGGGCGUGGUGGAGGAGAAGUUGCGCAUGAUGAAGGGGAACGUGGACGUGAUGGACGUCGGAACUCAGAGGCUGGCCGACGGCAGCAUCAUUCCGUUACCUAAAGUGGUGACGGCGGAGUUCGGUGAUGAUGUGAAUAAACACACGGUGUGUGUGUACGGACACGUGGACAUCCAGCCGGCCAGGAGAGAGGACGGGUGGGCCACAGACCCCUACAACCUCACCGAGAUUAAAGGAAACCUGUACGGCAGAGGAGCAUCGGAUAAUAAAGGUCCAGUUCUGGCCUGGAUUCAUGCAGUGGAGGCGUAUAAAGCUCUGGACAUUGAGCUGCCGGUGAAUGUGAAGUUCCUGAUUGAGGGGAUGGAGGAGACGGGUUCUAACGGGCUGGACGCUCUAGUGGAGGCUCAGAAAGACAAGUUUUUCUCUGAUGUGGAUUAUAUCAUUAUUUCCGACUGCAUCUGGAAGAGCACUCGUCCUGCUCUCACCUACGGCACGCGGGGGAACUGCUACUUCUCCGCUCAGGUGGAGGGGCCGAAGCAGGAUUUACACUCCGGAGUGGACGGAGGAGCCGUGAUCGAACCCAUGACCGACCUGAUCGGAAUUCUAGACACGCUGAUCAGUGCGAGCGGUCAGAUCCUGAUCCCCGGUGUUGCAGACGCAGUCACAAACUUCACAGAGGAGGAGAGGAAGCUAUACGAGCAGGUCGGCUUCAACUUGGAGACUUACAAGAGCACCAUCGGUGUAGAUCGACUCAUGUACGACAAUAAGGUCGACCUUCUGGCUCAUCUGUGGCGUUUCCCCACCGUGUCCAUCCACGGCAUCGAGGGCGCAUUCUCCAGCCCCGGAACCAAAACCGUCAUCCCCGCUAAAGUCACGGCCAAGUUCUCCAUCCGCCAGGUUCCCAACAUGGAGCCUGCAGUGGUGGAGAAACAGGUAACGGAUCACCUGCACGCCGUGUUUGAGCGGAGGAAGAGUCCCAAUAAGCUCAAGGUCAACAUGAUUAUCGGAGCAAAGCCGUGGAUAGCCGACCCCAAACACGCGCUGUACGAGGCCGGGAAGAGAGCAGUGAAGAGAGUGUUUCAUGUGGAACCGGAGAUGAUCCGAGAGGGAGGGACAAUUCCCAUCGCUCGCACUUUCCAGGACGUGACAGAGAAAUACAUCAUCAUGCUGCCCAUCGGAGGCUUCGACGAUGGCCUGCACUCUCAGAACGAGAAAAUCAGCAGGUAUAACUACAUCGAGGGAACGAAGCUGUUCAUCACCUACCUGCAGGAGGUCUCUCUCAUUAAGGAGAACUGAUCAUGUCUACACGCUUUCCUGUGAUUAGUUCUUCAAUCGAUCACACAGUUUUACUGCUGAUAUGACUGGCUGUGUUUCAUUGCUCUCUCUCUCUCUGUCUCUCUCUCUCUGUCUCUCUCUCUGUGUCUCUCUCUGUGUCUCUCUCUCUGUGUCUCUCUCUCUCCUUGUGCAUCAAAAUGUUUAUGUCAUGACAAUAUUCAGAGCUGAAAUAAAGUACAUUAUUAGUUUACAGAGAAGAAAAA